AUGCCACCUGCUCUCAUGUUGUCUAAACUCCAGUUUAUCUUCAAGGUCUGCGACGCUCCGGCGCUGGGUUUCGACGUAAGCACGAUGGGACCGGAUACCCUCAACGAUGCUUGCGGGGCGGGGACCUCAGAGAUGGACUUCUCCGCGGCGGAUUACCUAAGCACGAUCGAGUUCGCCAUCGACCUUCUGGAGAGCGUGGUCAGUCUCUCCAUCCCCGCCGACGAGAUCAACGAUACUUGCGAGACGCUGACCUUCGCCGUGAUGCCAGCCGACGACGGGGCAGCCGCCGACGAGGCUGACGACUUCUUCGACUACGUCACCACCGCUUUCCCGGAGACGGCUAGCCACUGGGUCAGCUACGACUCGGAAUCGGAGUUUCUCGACGUCAUCGGUGAGUCGGGCUACUCUCAAGACCCGGCCAACGAGCAACCCGCGUUUGCCGCCGGCAUCGUCUUCACCUCCGGCACUCCUGACUGGGGGUACACGAUCCGCGCCAACAUGACGAAAAGCGGGGUCGAAACGGACGCAUAUUACAUGUUCAACAUCCCCGUGACCACAGCCACGACCGAGAACAAUUGCAAGUCUCCCACCGACUGCCCGGACGAUGACCAGGGCCGCGACAUCGUUCCCUGGGCCGCGAUGUAUCACCAGUCACCUGUGCUGAUGCUGCAGCAGCUCGUUGACACCUGGAUCAUGGACUUGGAGCAAGGAUCCACAGCCACCGCGCCGCCGCCUGUUGUGCGAAUCACAGAGUUUCCGAGUCCCGAGUACGAGAGCGAUGGGUUCUGGGCACAGGUGGGCAGCAUGUUCGCAAUCCUGGUGGUGAUUGCGGUGCUCUACCCGGUGUCUAACGUCAUCAGCGUCCUUGUCAAAGAGAAGGAGCUACGCAUCAAGGAAGGGCUGAAGAUGAUGGGCCUCACGGACGCCGCGCACACGGCCUCUUGGGCGUUUAACUUCGCGUGCCUCUUCCUCUUCACGUCGUUGUUCAUGGUCUUCUGCUCUGGAAGCGUCGACCGGGGGCUGGUUUUCUUGUACUUCUUCCUGUUCUUCAUGGCAAGCACGGCCUUCUGCUUCUUCGUGUCGGCAUUCUUCAGCCGUGCCAAGACUGCUUCGACCAUCGGGACGCUGUGUUUCUUCGUGGCGCUGUUUCCGUACUUCGUUCUCGGGACCAACGGGACCCCAGCCAGCCACCGUCGCGGGGGGUGCCUCCUCCCGCCGACGUGUCUGGCGCUCGGAACGGUGGCCUUCGCGGAGUUCGAGGACUCCGGGGAGGGGGUGACUGCGGACACCGCGGGGCGGAGCGAGGACGGUUUCACGUUCAACGACGUCCUCGGGAUGCUGUUCCUCGACAUUUUCCUAUUUUCCAUCCUGGCGUGGUACGCCGGACACGUCAUGCCGUCGGAGUGGGGCACGGCCAAGAAGCCUUGGUUUUUCUUGACCGCAAGACAUUGGUUUACCGGUACCAGCGUGAAGUCUGCUGUGUCGGACAAGUUGGAGUUGCUGCAGACCGACGAAAGUGAGGGCAAGGUCUCCGUAGAGCCCGUCGACGACGAGCUCCGGAUGCAGGUGGCUGCCGGAGAGUGCGUAGCUAUACGCGGGGGCUCGAAGCUGGCCGUAGACAACCUGGACCUCACCAUGUACUCCGGGCAGAUCACAGCUCUUCUCGGCCACAACGGCGCGGGAAAGACGACCACAAUCGGCAUGUUGACGGGUAUGAUCCCGGUAACGUCGGGGAGCGCCUUCGUGGCUGGUCGCGACGUGAUCGCCGACAUGGCGAACAUCCGGCGCUCCCUGGGCGUGUGCCCUCAGCACGACAUCCUGUACCCGGACCUGACCGUGAGGGAGCACCUCCGCAUGUACGCGGUGCUAAAGUCCGUGCCCCGCGCGCGUCUGCAGCAAACGAUCACGGCCACGCUGAAUGACGUGGGCCUGACCGAGAAGGAGAACCAGCUGACAACGACUCUGUCCGGUGGGCAAAAGCGCAAAUUGUCCGUGGGCAUCGCCCUGAUCGGCGGGUCUAAGGUUGUCUUCUUGGACGAGCCUACGUCGGGGAUGGACCCUCACAGCCGACGCUUCACGUGGGACCUGAUCCGCAAGAACCGGGAGGGCCGCGUGAUCGUCCUCACCACCCACUUCAUGGACGAGGCGGACCUGCUGGGCGACCGCGUGGCCAUCAUGGCCGACGGCGCGCUCCGGUGCUGCGGCAGCUCCAUCUUCCUCAAGAACCACUACGGCGUCGGGUACAACCUCACGAUCGUACGCGACAUCCAAGGGGCAGCCACCGCCGCCGCCGACCCCACCGCCGCUGCCAUGUCCUCGCAGGGGGGAAACGACAAUGAGCAGGGUGUCAACACCACGGCGACGCAGGAGCAAGGAGUGAAGCCAAUCAAGCACCUGGUGCGGUCGCACGUGAAGGAGGCCACCCUCCUCAGCAACGUCGGCGCCGAGGUGUCGUUCCAGCUGCCCAAUGACGCCUCGUCCUCGUUCCAGGGCAUGCUCUCAGAGAUAGACUCGCGGAAGACCGAGCUCGGCGUCAACAGCUACGGCUUGAGCGUGACCACCCUGGAGGAAGUGUUCUUGCGGGUGGCCAACGGCACCGCCGAUGUCGCGUCCCGCAAGGAGAUGGCCGGCAUCGCCUUGAUGCGCCAGAGCAGCCACUCUUCUACCGGCUUGAAGGCCGAGACCACCAAGAUUGGCGGCAACAUCGGUAGCGGCGAGGGGGAGGGCUCGGGCAUCGACCGGUCCAAGCCCCUCUUCGGCAAGCACAUGAUGGCCCUUCUGAAGAAGCGCCUCCUUACCUUCAAGCGCGACAAAAAGAUGUGGGCGUUCGUUGUGCUCAUGCCGGCCUUCUUCGUGCUCAUCGGCAUCCUGAUCCUGAAGACCGCGGGCACGUACAAUGAGCCUGCUCUUCUGCUCACGCCAGCGGACUACAACAGCGGCAUGGCCCCCUUUCCGUACUCGACUCAUUGCACCGCCACGAGUACGCUUGGAACGUGCGACCCGGCCACGCUGGUGUCCGCGAUGAAUUUUCCCACACAGGCCACCCCACUCGACCUCGACACCGCGGUAAACAGCGAUUUCGAUGUGGUUGAAUCGGCAAGAAAGGGCUUAGACCCGAAGAAAAGGGGGGAGGGGGGAGUCGGAUUCCUGGUCAAGGAACACUUGUUUGACGUGGUGGAAGUAGUGGUGAAAACGGAGUUCGAGGAAAGCCUAUGGCUUAAGAUACCUGGGGAGCGGGGUGAGAAAGAUUUGUUUCUAGGGAACGUAUACGUCCCACCGUCGUCGAAGAAAGUCGCAAGCAAGGCGCAGGAGAACUUUGGACAAAUUGGGGAAGAUGUCCAGAGGUCCAGUAGGAAGGGAGAAGUUGUCAUGAUGGGCGAUAGCAACUCCAGAGUAGGGAAAGCUUCCAGUAGAGGACAGGCGAUCGGGCAGCACGGAGAAGAUAACGUGAAAUACAA